AAUCUGUCAUUUUCAUUUAUAAAAUCAUGCAAGUUCUGAACGUCGCUUUGUGAACUUAAAUAUUUGUUUAAUUUAAUUAAUUAUAUUUUGUAACUGUGGUAUUUAUUAAUUAGUUAUCAAUAAAAUGGCUGACAAAGGACCACAGGCUGGAGACACGGGCCCACCAAAGGGAAUCCCCGCACUGAAAGCCCAUGUGGCAGCCAACAAAGUGGAUGUAGCGCUAUGGGGGAUCCGUGUACUCACUGUCCUCUUCACAAUAGGCUAUGUUAUGCCAAUAAUUAACAAUCCAGUGUCGGCGUUCUACAAAGCUUUGCUGGCAAACGCUGCGAUAUCCGCCCUGAGGCUGCACCAGAGGAUCCCGGCCCGCGAGAUCUCCCUGUCGAGGGAGUUCCUCACCCGGUUCUUCUUGGAGGACAGCGCGCACUACCUCUUCUACUCGUUAAUAUUUAUGAAUGUUACACCCAAUUUGUUGAUAUUGUUGCCAAUCUUCUUAUUUGCGCUGCUCCACGCCGCCUCGUACUCCCUAACGAUUCUAGACACCCUGGGCCAGAACUCUAUGUGGGUGGCGCGACUGCUCAUCUCGCUGGUUGAGUUCCAGUCACGGAAUAUUCUGCGGGUGGCUGCCCUGGCUGAGAUCCUCGUGUUCCCGCUCAUCGUUGGAAUGGCACUAUUCGGCUACUGUGGCCUGGUGACGCCGUUCGUGUACUACUACUUCGUGACGUGGCGCUACACGUCGCGGCGGAACCCUUACACGCGCAACAUGUUCCGUGAACUGCGCACCGCCGCAGAGAAACAAGCCGCGCGCCCCGCGCUGCCCGCGCCCAUCAAGUCCGCGCUGCUCGGAGGAGUGCAGCUCGUGUGCCGCAUGGCCCCGCCCGUGGAGGCCACGCCCCAAUAACGGCCGUGACCUGAUGGACUGGGACGGUAGACAAACAUUGUCCCCGGGCGCCGCUCGUCCACCAAUCGAAGUCAAAAUCAGAACUAUAUCAAGAUGUCACAAUAUAUUUAAGGACAAAUUUAAUAUAAAGCUUUAUUCACAUCAAGAGGCGCGGUGACAAUUUACAUUGACACAAAUGUAGCGUCCGAUCUACAUUAAGUUUUAAAUACAGUUCGUUUUAUUUUUAUUUUAACUUUUGGCCAAAAGCGAAA